AUGGACCCCGAGCUACCUGCUGACAGUGAGUGUGGGACCCCCAGCUACCUGCUGACAGUGAGUGUGAGUGAGGGACCCCGAGCUACCUGCUGACAGUGAGUGCGAGUGAUGGACCCCGAGCUACCUGCUGACAGUGAGUGUGAGUGAGGGACCCCGAGCUACCUGCUGACAGUGAGUGUGAGUGAGGGACCCCGAGCUACCUGCUGACAGUGAGUGUGAGUGCGGGACCCCGAGCUACCUGCUGACAGCGAGUGUGAGUGCGGGACCCCGAGCUACCUGCUGACAGUGAGUGAGCUACCUGCUGACAGUGAGUGCGGGUCCCUGAGCUACCUGCUGACAGUGAGUGCGGGUCCCUGAGCUACCUGCUGACAGUGAGUGCGGGUCCCUGAGCUACCUGCUGACAGUGAGUGUGAGUGCGGGACCCCGAGCUACCUGCUGACAGUGAGUGUGAGUGCGGGACCCCGAGCUACCUGCUGACAUUGAGUGUGAGUGCGGGUCCCCGAGCUACCUGCUUACUGUGAGUGCGGGUCCCCGAGCUAUCUGCUGACAGUGAGUGUAGGUCCCCGAGCUACCCGCUGACAGUGAGUGUGAGUGUGGAUCCCCGAGCUACCCGCUGACAGUGAGUGGGGUUCCCCGAGCUACCCGCUGACAGUGAGUGGGGGUCCCCGAGCUACCUGCUGACAGUGAGUGUGAGUGCGGGUCCCCGAGCUACCUGCUGACAGUGAGGCGGGUUAUGUGUAAAUAUUACUGGGAAAAUCCUAUAUUAACCCUGUGCACACUUUACAAAUUGUAAAAAAAAAACACAAAAAAACCCAGAUAUCAAUGGACUUAACACUGUUGUGUAAAUAGUGAUGAGGUUUAUUUGGAUCAGUGAGCCAAGCAUUACAUUUUUUUUUGUGUGUGUGUGUGUUGUUUUUUAGCUUUAUUUAUCUACUCUUCACUGCCCAGACUGCCACCUAAUCUCUGUACUGAACCUGCAGCUUGAUCUCCUUACUCCCUCUCCUGCCUGCUUCAAUUUAUCCCUAAUGUCUCACAAGCUCGCCAUCUAAUCUCCCCAAUAGAUAUGGAACAGGGUACCUCCAUCAAAUUGCCUCUGUGGGGUGAGAUACCACCGCAUUAAGAGGUUGGUUGUUUUUUAAUUUUUUUUGAAAAUGAAAAGCUCUGUGAGUGGCAAUUGGUACAUCUCUAUUAGGGUAGCAAAAGAUUUGAUGCCUGUCUCAUCUGAGGUGUUUCACUUGGUGAACCUUGCAUGAAAUCCACUUAGCUUUAUUGAGAUGCUUCGUAAAUCGAGUGGACAGGUCGGCAUAGUGCAGUAAUGAUAAAUUUCAGACUAAGGAAAGGGGCAUUAGAUGACCAGAUUUUAACUGAGUACUUUGUGAGAGCCUGAGAAAGUGUUUGGGUUGCUGCUGUCUGGUGGGCUUCCAUUAGAUGUUGCAUUAUGCAUGCCGUCUUGUCCUAGCAUAUCAUCAAGAAUGGAGUUGAGCUUGUCUAUUUUAUGCAUCCUGUAGGUUAAAGAUGUGUCAGACUUAUUCUCUACAUUGGAGAGAUUGCUUGCCCAGUGUAGUUGUGUCACAAACUACAUCUAGUUAAAAUUAGAUCUAUCUCAGAAUGUUUAAACGGUCCCAUAUAUCCUGUGACAUAAUUACUUUUAUAAUUGUGUGUUCUCUCUGGUGGGUUUGGAACACUUAUUUUUUGUAUCAUUUCAGGCACGCACAGAUUUCCUCCGUAAGAAGUCCCGUCUUGCAGUCAAUGAUGGUGAGACUGCACUGGUAAAGCUCGAUACAGAUGAUGGACACAUUAAUUUCUUCCAAGAUGUUGAGGAAGGCAAAGGAACCAAUAAGGGCAACAAAGAAUAUGAAGACGAAAAGCGCAAAGAAAAGGUAAGUUAAUAUCCUCAUACUACCCAAGUUUUACAAAUCAAUACUGUCAAGCAGUGUAAUCUCUCAAAUAGGGCACACCGAACACAGAAUAGCCACGCAACAAAGUUUAAUAUGCUUGAAGGAACACUAUAGUGUUGGAAGUACAAAUGUGUGUUCCUAACACUAUAGUGCCCUAGUCACCAGGCCCAGCUGCCAGUGUAAAAAUGUGAGUUUACUUUGCCUUUUUACCCUCACAGUGCUGGUUUUCAGUGUUUUUCUACACCUUGGUAGACUAGUGCGCAUGUGGGGGCAAAACGCUGCACUAUGCCAAUCAGAUCACCAACUCUAACUCCAGCAAGCAAUGCCAGACCGAUACUCUACUAUGCAAUUGUACUUACUUUUGUUUACUGCCGAUUUAUAUGGACUUAUAGUAAUUUCAACUGUCACUUCAAAACUAUUUUUAAUGUUUUCAAGUAUAGUAAAGCGAAUAGUUUUUUUUUUUUUUAAUUUAAUGAAUUAUAUGUACAAAAAUUUGCUGUCAGAAGAGGUAAUUCCGGUACAGUGCAGAGUUUUUUUCUUAAACAUGUCAUUUGAACUACUAAGCCACUGUAGUAUCAGUUCAGUGCUAAAGGAAAUUGCUGCAUUGCACUGUUAAUUUUUGUCUUAACUUUGUGAAAUUUUGGAAACUUUCACAGGAGCAUCAAGAGAAGGCAUUGGGUAUUCUUACUUAUUUGGGUCAAAGCGCAUCAGAAUCCCAGACAAGUCGUCCUUGGUACCAGGAGGUCCCGGUUAACAGUAAAAAGGACGUAGAUGAUAAUGCAAAGGACGAAAAGCUAAAACAAAAGCUAGACCCAAUUCAUGAAAUGGAGCGUUACCUUCAAAAGAAAACUGGAGAAAAGAAGAAACACAAACACAAAAAAGAAAAAACAAAGGAAAUGAAUCGGUAAGUACCACUGGAUGUCUAUAAAGGGCUCACGUUCUAGGACAGGGAUGGCGAGAUUUUGAGCCAGAGUGCCCAAACCGCAAUACAAACAAAUUUUUUUUUUCCCUUUAAGUGUCAACACGGCACUUAAACCUGGAUACUGAGGUUUAAGUUUAGAAAAAAAACUAUUCUAACAGUUGCCUUCCAUCCCACCCACCAACAAUACGAAAGCAGAGUAGGCACCUGCUGUUAGACCACAUUGCCUGCCAUUCAGAGACACUUAUUUCACAAGUGCAUUUCAUCAAAUUUAUACUUGACUGGCAAAAACAUAUCUGCCAGUGCAUUUUCCAGUAUUUCUGCAAACAUUAACUGGCUACUUAGACACAUACACAUAUCCUAAUGUUGACAUCUUGUUGUGCGGUGGCACAGGGGUGUAGUGGAGGUGAGAUAUUCUUACCUGUUGCAUUCCCUGGUGGGUGCCACUUCUCAUCUUUCCUCAACUCCUAGUGUUUCUUCCACUAGGAGCUCAUGUCUGGGCUGUACUCUCAAGAGCCUCCAUAGAUAUUGUCUUGUGAUGAGCGAGAUAACACCCUUUUCUCACAGUUGUCACUAGUGACAUGGUAGCUCUGCCUUUUGUCAAGUGGAGGAAUAAUGCAUCAGACAUAGUAUUUUCUACUUUAUGUCGUUCAUCUGAGGUGGAAUUGCAAUGAAAUGAAAAACCCAGUAUUUAAGAGCAUCCAAUAAUCAUAUCCCUUCAUGAAAUACUCAGGAGUGGGGGCUACUUUAAAAUAGUUGCCGUGCCAUGCAGCAACGAGACAGCAUAGGUCUCCUGCAACCCAGUAAGUUUACCAGAGUAUAGACAUGUGUGAUAAGACUAGCGGCCAGUAUCUACGAACUGCUGACCUGCAUUAAAGGUGACUUUGGUGUAUGAAACUUCAAGAACAAUUGAUGUGGUACUGGACACCCACAGCACAUUUAUGCCUAAGCUUAAUUCCAAUCACUUUUGGUCAAAGUGUAAAAAGUGUUGCUACUAGUAUUGCAUUUGCUUGUUAAAUGUGUUUACUACUUGUAUUGUAUGUGUCUACUUGUGUGGGUUUUUUUUUUUUUAUUUUAUUUUAUUGUCUUGUAACAAAUAUAUAAAUAUUUAUUGUACUUUUUUUGAAAAUUUGUUAGUAUGUUGCCUCUACUCCUUGUUCUUAAAUCUUUAUUGAAACGCCAGUUAACAUUUGAGAAGAAAUGUAAAAUAUUUUUUUUUCAAUCACGUAGAAUUAAAACAUUUUUUUGUCUAUGUAGAUCGCUUAAGCCGUCGAUUGAGCAGUUGAGACAAGAGCGCCUCAAGCGUGAGGCGGCAGAAAGGGCCCGUGCUGAAGCCUUGUUAUCUGGGAAAAAAGAGACACCCGUUCCGGAGCAAGAAAUGGAUGAUAGAAAACGCUGUUAUAAUUCCCAGUUCAAUCCACAACUGGCACGAAAGCCCACCUCACGAGAAGAGCAGCGGUAUCCAUAUUAG